UUGAAACACGCUUUUCUGCAAGAGAGCAAAACCCUAAUCCCUUGAGCUUCAACGCCUCCUGCCUCCCGGUGCUGAUGAUAUCUUCUAGAUGACUUCGGCCUUGAAACAUCCCGGGGGGAGAGGGACUGUGUUGCUGCUGCUGCUGCUGCUGCUUUCGACAGGUCGCAAGAUGGCAUUCUCUCCUAGCAAGAGCGAGCCUCAGAUUGAUGCACUUUGGUCCUUGUCAGGACCGGGUAGCGUUCGUUCAGGGCUCGCGCAAAUCCUGAGAUCCCUGCCGUCGCUGGCACCCUGGUCAUGGUUGUUGUCUGUCCUGAUCACUCUAAUCCAGGGGGUGUCCGGCAGUUGAGCUUUCUGCGACGAUCCAGUCCAGGCUGGACUUGCUAGGUAUCGCAACAUUCGCCAGGUU